AUGUUCACUCGUGACCCCUGUACCCAAGACACAAGUCUGCUCUCUUCUGAGGGCCAGUAUGAUAGCACUCUGUUUCUAACCCGUGGCUCUCUCGGCUUCCAUGAUUCCAGAAACCAGCCUUACCACCUCAUUCCUCGGUCCUCUCUCUUCCCCUAUUUGCCGUCACUUGAAAACACUCCAACCCAAAAGGUUGAGCCCAAGUUCCGGUAA